AUGUCUCGCAACUGUGGCUCAGGGGAAAGAAGCGCCAUGGUGCAAAACAGAAGCAGGCAGUCCUUGUCACGUAACGCACAUGGACUGGGUAGCUGCGCCGUUGAGUCCGCUGGCGGCCGCGAGACGACACUGUUGACACUGUUGGCACUGUUGGCGGCGGCAAUCAUGUCAUCAACCAUGGCGUCACACGUGCUCUGCGCACCACCAGCGCUGCUGUAUGCCGUAAUCACCAAUUUCUUACAAGAAAAGGAGGUCAGCAUUUACUUGAUCGCCAACGCCAAAUAG